AUGGCAUUUGCCACGAUAAACUCCUCAUCUUCAGCUCCUCCACCGAGGAGCUCCGUUAUUGAUGAUGCCUUUGCUGCCGAACCUGCCCUUAGAAAACGUGUUUACGAUGCGAUCGAACAAACCCCGCAGUAUGCGCCGCUAUUCGAAGACGUUGCCAGAUAUACAUCCAGCCUGCUGGCCAGGUCUGUCGUCAACGCUCGCGUUCAGCCCAUCGAGGCCGUCAGCGACGACGGCCCAGCGGCAAAGAAACGCAAGACCCAAAAUGGUGGGGAUGGUUAUACAGCUGCCGCUGCGCAACAGUUCCCGGGCGACUUGAAAGCCGACGCACCACUACAAUUCUACAUGCAGGAUGUUUCCUUCGCUGUGCCGCAGCGGAAGAAGCUUACACUGGAGAUCACUGCCGGAGGUGGAUUCCUCCGCGCAAGAAAUCAGACGUCGAAAGAGGUGGAGUUCGGGGUCGAGUUGGAUAAGAUCCAGCACGUUCUCUGUCUUCCAGUCCCGGAAAAGAACCAGCGACAAUUCAAUUUCUGCAUUAUCCCCCGAUAUAGUGAUGGCAUCAACACUCCUCCGGAAGGUGUCGCUGCUUCUGAGUGUAUUGUGUGGACGGUGGCCGAUGGGCCACCCAAAGCAGCGUUUUCGGGAACCGGCCAGCAGCUGGGGACAACCGAGGGCGAGAGCGCGGAGAAGGUGGUUCAACAGGUCUUGAACGCCAAUCUGGUGCGGACCAAGGUGAUCCGCCCUGAUGAGCGGCAAUUUGUGAGCGCAAUUCCGGAAGCUCAUCGGAAGGGAGAGAAGGCUUUCCAUGUCAAGGCCCAUCGCGGGAGCAAAGAUGGGUAUCUUUUCCUUCUUUCUACCGGGAUCCUGUUCGGCUUCAAGAAGCCGUUGAUAUUUUUCGCCUUCGAAAACAUUGAAUCGAUCUCCUACACAUCUGUCCUGCAGCGAACAUUCAAUCUCAACAUCCUAGCCCGUCCGUCUGGCAGCGACGAGACCCAUGAGCUUGAGUUCUCCAUGAUCGACCAGGCGAAUUUUUCUGCAAUUGACACCUACAUCAAAAAGCACGGCCUGCAAGAUGCUAGUCUCGCAGAAGCCCGUCGUGCGAAACGAUACAAUGUCAACGGUGCCAAGACCGGAGAUGAUGCCACUACCAAUGCAGAAGGGGUUGCUGAAGCAGAAGAAGAAGAGAGUGAAUUGCAAAAGGCUCAACGUGAGCUUGAAGAUCAAGAGGAUGAGGAUGAGGAGGACUAUGACCCUGGCAGCAGCAGUGACGAUGGAAGCGGCAGCAGCAGCAGCGAGGAAGACGACGAGGACGACGACGAGGACCAGGAUGAGGAUGAGGAUGAGGAUGAGGAUGGUGAGGAUGAUGCUCGCGAUCUUGUGGCGGAAGAGCUCGGCAGUGAAGCCGAGGAUGUUCCUGCCGAAGAGUUGUAA